CCUUUGUUGACAAGCUGAUGCUGCCGUAUGGAGCCCAUUGUUAGCACAGGGCUCAUAAACCUCACUCUCCCCUCGGGGAGGUAUAAGAACAGCACCCCGACGUACCUGUUAGAUGUUAUUUGGAGCAACUUCACGUUCAGCGAUGAAUUCGUGCCAGGAGGCUCAGUCCGACUUGGAGGUCAUUUUAGAAUUCCUAGAGGAGUACCAUAGACAAAACGCUGAAAACAACGGUGUGCAGGAGAAUACAACCAGUGAGGUCAACGAUGAUUGGGAGCACUGCUGGAGGCCUUGUGAGCCACUUCACACCCCAUGUGGCCCUCCGGCAGCGCCGUGUGAGCCCUCGUCUGCCUCUGUCACAAUGAGACAAUUGAGCACACAACAAGCCACGGUGGUGGGCAGCGGUAGAAAGAUGCGUCUGUUUCACUUCCUCUUCGAGAUGCUAGAAGACCCUACCAUGGCCCACUGCGUGUCCUGGGUGCCGUCGUCGUCAGGCGUCUUCCGCUUCUCCGCCCGCAACAAAGACCAGCUGGCGGCUCUGUGGGGCCAGAGGAAGGGCAACAAGCGGCCCAUGACGUACCAGAAGAUGUCGCGCGCCCUGAGGAACUACGCCCGCUCGGGCGAGAUCGUCAAAGUAAAGAAAAAGCUCACGUACCAGUUUGGCGAGAGAACCCUGAUGCUGCUGCACAAGCAUCAUAGAGGAGAUCUGUAAUGCAAACCACUUCUGACUGAAUU